GCGGCGGGGAAGGCCCCCGCGCACGUGUGUCCGCGGCGCCGGGCGGCGGCCAUGAGGCGGCCGAACGUGCUGAUCACCGGCACGCCGGGAGUCGGGAAAACCACGCUGGGAAAGGAGCUGGCGUCCAGAGCAGGGCUGAGCUACGUCAACGUGGGGGACCUGGCCAGGGAAGGAGAGCUGUAUGAAGGCUUUGACGAGGAGUACGGCUGCCCCAUUCUGGACGAGGACAGGGUGGUGGACGAGCUGGAGGACAGGAUGAGCGAGGGAGGGGUGGUUGUGGAUUACCACGGCUGCGACUUCUUCCCCGAGCGCUGGUUCCACAUCGUGUUCGUGCUGCGCACGGAGAACUCGUGUCUGUACGACAGGCUGGAGAGCAGGGGCUACACGGGGAAGAAGCUGCAGGACAACAUUCAGUGUGAAAUUUUUCAGACUCUAUAUGAGGAAGCUGUGUCGUCAUAUAAAAAGGAAAUUGUGCAUCAGUUACCCAGCAACACUCCAGAGGACCUAGAGAGGAAUUUGGAUCAGAUUAUGCAAUGGAUUGAGCAGUGGAUGAAGGACAACAACUGACUUUUGGUGAAAUAGUAACUGC